AUGAGUGACUUCUCUGGAGUUUCACUCAAGGGCAAAACUGCCAUUGUCACCGGGGCUUCACGGUAUACACCCAUGAUUACCCUCCCCUCCUGGGCAGGUGCUGAAUAUCUCUCCAGGGGCAUCGGAGCCGGGAUUGCCAUACUACUGGCCAAGCGCGGUGCCAACGUCGUGGUGAACUACGUGUCUGAAGGAAGCGCAAAGCGCGCUCAGGCUGUGGCGGACGAAAUCACCAAGAUUGGAAGCAAGGCGAUUGUGUGCCAAUCUAAUGUCAGCAACCUCGACGAAAUCCCGCGGCUGGUCGAGGCUGCCUUGAAGAUCAGCGAGACCGGCAAGAUUGAAAUCUUGAUCCACAAUGCCGCACAAGGCCUGGAGGCAAACCUGAUGGACACCACGCCCGAGAUCUAUGCGACGCACUUUGAAUGCAACGUACGAGGCCCUAUAUUCCUUACGAAGGCGGUCGUCCCUCAUAUCGCCCGGGGCGGACGGAUCGUCUUCAUCUCGUCUGCUGGCGCCCGUCUGGGCGUGGCCGGCCAGACAGUCUAUGCUGCCACCAAAGCCGCCAACGAAGCCCUCGUCCGUGUGUGGGCCAAAGAGCUCGGCCAGUCGCACGGGAUUGCCGUCAACUGCGUCAAUCCUGGCCCCGUUGCGACAGGUAGAGACCCCUAG